AUGGUUGCCCGCGCCCAUACCGUGCUGUCUCUUUUCUCUCUGCUCUCUCUGACAUGCGGAGCCGUGAAGACCUAUGGAGUGGAUCAAGUUGCGCCGAAGGACCUUGGGCCUACUUACAACAAUUGUGAUUUCUCUACUUCUUCAUCGGUUCCUAAUAGCAUGGGGACCGUCCAUGAGGCCUCGGCUGUGGACUUAGAUAUUUCUAGACAAAGUUAUGAACGUAGAGUAGAUGCUAUCAGCAAGGAUUAUAGCUUCAACUACUACGAGCACUACGACUCAGGCUUCGACUACUACGAGCACUACGACUCAGGCUUCGACGACUACGAGAACUACGACUCAGGCUUCGACUACUACGAGAACUACGACUCAGGUCUCUUCGAGUACUACGAGCACUACGACUCAGGCUUCGACUACUACGAUCACUACGACUCAGGCUUCGACUACUACGAGCACUACGACUCAGGCUUCGACGACUACGAGAACUACGACUCAGGCUUCGACUACUACGAGAACUACGACUCAGGUCUCUUCGAGUACUACGAGCACUACGACUCGGGUCUCUUCGACUACGAGCACUACGACUCAGGCUUCGACUACUACGAGCACUACGACUAA